AUGGCUUUACAACUCAAACCAAGAAAUAUCGUGGAGGACGAGGUGGAGAACUGGGAUGACGACGACUUCAUGAUCGACACCGACGAUCUGUCUUUUCGAAGUGGCUCGACAACUCAUGCAUCAAGCCGCCCAGGAAGACGAGACAGCCACACAUCAUUUCGCUCAGACAGGGACUCGUUAUUUGGAGAUGAGGACAGGCAAGUCCAUUUAGCCGGAGAGGAUGAAAAGUCGACCAUGGAUGCCAUAUUCGCCGUCCAACACGCUGGGAUUCCUAUCCCGCAAAAUGUGCCACCAUCGGCAUUGAUGGGAGGUACAAUAAAAAGACUGGGGGGCAGAAAAGUCAAGAAGAUCAUCCACGAAGAUUGGGGUGAUGAAAUCGAGCUACCAAAGGCCGGCACUGCUCUCCGCAUCAAGCCUCAAGAUCCAUCACAAUUUCCGGAAACUCUUCGUCAAGUUAGUGGCUCCUCGACGACAAGUCCCUUAAAGUUGAUGAAGUCGGCUGUUAUCUAUAGAUCUCCGAAGAAGGAAAACCUACAGGAGAAUAUUCUGCCUACAUCAUCGCCGGCAUCGACGUUGGAUAGAUUCCGGGACAACGAUGAUGAUGAUGAUGUCUUUGGGGAUGGUGGUGAGACUAUCAAAGCUCCUAGAUUCCAACAACCGCCCCGGCUCCCCGCUUCUUACAACCCUCUCUCCCUCAUUACGCCACCCACGCCUCGAAAGAAGGAAGAAGAAGACGAUUUUGAGCUCCACCUCGAGUUGCCGCCGCAUGGGACGCUCCAGCUUAGUAGCCGAAGAGAGAUUCCCAGGACACCCAGUGUAAAAACUGAAGACGACUUUGAUUGGGGCGAAGGUAGCCUAGGAACUAGAUUUGGGGGAACCCGCAGAGAAGUUUUCUCUACGCGUAGCUCGAAUGCUUCUGCAAUGAGCCCAAGUAUAGCGAGCUCCAUUACAGCUGAAAGUGAGGACGAUGCCCUGGAUGGCCUGAUCCUGCCAAUCGGCCCUCUGGAUCUCAACGAGAGGUUGAGGCUACGAAAGCAGAGCGCAUCACCCGAACGUCCCCCUUCAGCAGGCAAAAGCAUCGAGUCCUCCAGGAACAUGCCCGAAACUCCCAUCGCAGAGAAAGAAGACGACCUAGAAGGUCUCGACUUUGAGGAUGGAGACGUCUUCAGUUCCGGUAAAUUAAGCUUACAUCGGAAUGUGAAAGUCAAGGAGACUCGGCAGACCAGCCCAGCGCGACCCAAGGCUUCGAUUUCCGUGACUAUCUCCAACAAACCGUCCACUGCGCAGCCGUCACGCCUGCCACGUCCGGCGGGAGGCCACCAUGAACGUUCGCAUACCCAAUCUUCCCUUGAAACCGUAUCGGAGAGUGGCGGCCCGAUUCCCUACCGGCCAUCCAGGAGAUCGCAGUCCCGACUUGGUGGCCACUCUGCUACCUCCUCAACUUCUAGUAUAGUCUCUCCUGCAACACCAUCUUCAGCGUCCUCGUUCCAGCCCUCGACACCGAGGAGAAGAGAACUAGGUUCAAAGACCUCACUUGGCGCUCUUAGGAAUGAGUCGUCGACAACGACGAACGCUCAGCUUCUCCGAUUUAAAAGGUCUCUCCCAGCGAUCAAGUCAAGCGAUUCCCCGGUGCGGCCUGGAAGUUCGCGUUUUGAACGACCAACAUCCCUGACCGAGAUCCAUCGAUCGCAAUUUUCACAGCCUUUCAGACCAAAGACCCCAGUCGAUCGUACUCAGGGCGCACCAUCGUACCAGGGAAGUGCAGCUCAAGCGCGCAGGCCCUUUUUGCCCGCUGGAUCUGCAUCGUCUCAGUCGCAUCAUGUGUCUGCCAAACCUUCUUCUCGUUUGCUCCGUCGGCAUGACUCGGAUGUCGGCCCGCAGACUCGACCUUUAUCCCGUGCCCUAUCGAGAUCGGCGAUGAGAUCACCAAGCCCCCGCAGACUCCGUCCUGUCGAGAAAGUAGCCGCCGAGCCUUGGCAGCAAUUGAGCAAACCCCGCCGGGUGAAGCAAUUUGGCGAUGGCACUGAACUGGAUGCUUUUGAUGAUCUGCCGACCUCUGCACACGCCGAGUCCAAAUUCGUCAAACAGCCUGUAGCAGCCAAGGACCGCAACAACACUGUCAGGAACAAGAUGUAUGGCAGUGCCAUUCCUGAUCGCAGCGGUCCUGCGCCUGUCGCGGCUUUCUCGCCUGCCAGAGUUGACAACCAGCCUCAUUUCGCUCGAGACACUGCAGCCAGUCGCAAAGCUAGAGAAGUGAGCCUGGCCCAACGUGCACCUCCGACAACAGCUGCGGCUCCUCCAGCAGCCCAGCGGGUGGCUCAGUUAUCAUCAAGGGGCUUGAAUCCUCACGUUCCGCAUGGCUCUAUACGGUCGAAGAAGAGCAGAAAACCUCCCCAACUCAAGCCACAUUUGAUUACCAACAUGAGCUCUGCUAAGGAUACCAAAGUCAUCGACGGCAUGACCUACAACCCAGAGACUUGCAAAUGGGAAGGAAACGAGACUGCUUUGAACGCGUUUGAUGCCCCACUCACUACACCCACGACGGGGACAACGUCACCGAAUAUGACUCGUGACAAGGAGAGCAUGACGACUCCUCGUCCAUAUUUGAUCACCAAUAUGGGUGCUUCAAAUGGUAUCAAACGCGAAGGCAAUAUGGUGUUUGACCCCGUUCACUUUCGCUGGAUCGAGGCACCUGGCAACAAUGAUGACCCUCUUGCGGGAUUCAAUGCUCUCGACGACGAAGAAGAUCCUUUCAAGGAUAUACCUGACCUAGAAGACAAGGAACAUGAUAACAGCGGCGAAGGUGGCCAAGCCCGUGCCAGCGAUGUUGGCAGUGAGUGGCUUGUUGGAGAAGAAUUCGACGUUGGGCCAGAAUUCAUCCGCCGCCAGCGAGAGGAAGAAGACAGGUGGCGCAAAAAGUGUGAGAGAUGGAUCAACACAGACGGACGCGACAAUGAUGCCUGGCGAUGGGCUCUUCGAGAUAUCGUCCAAGGCCCAUGA